GUCUCAGUCCCGGGUAAAUUUUUACUCACACAACGCUACGAGUUCCUGAACUGUUUCUUAAUUUCAGUAACUUGUAUAUACAUUGCGUUCAGCGUGUGUGUUGUAGUUACUAUUAAACUGUUACAGUUAGCAGGUACAGGCUGAGUUUCUGGGGCAGAGAUUGGCGAUACAGCGGAGGGAUGUCGCGCGGUGAACUGGAGAAGCUGGACCCGGCUGUUUUCCAGAAGCAAAUGCACAAUCUGAAAUUUAGCAUGGAAGAAGAGGGGGAGAGUAAUCUGUGCAUUGACACUGACUCGGACACAGCAGAGAAGAAGGAUGGGACCAAGUGUAAAGUCAAAUGGACUCAGGAAGAGGAUGAAAAUCUCAAAAUCCUGAUAAGCAACUUUGGGAAAAAAGAUUGGAAAACCAUUGCCAGUUUUUUACCUGGACGGACAGAAUUCCAGUGUAUGCUCCGCUGGAAAAAACACCUUGAUCCUGAUUUAGUCAAAGGCUUCUGGUCCAAAGAGGAAGAUGAAAAGAUAAUAGAGCUAGUGGGCAAGUAUGGCACCAGGCACUGGACUUUGAUUGCCAGGCACUUGAAAGGAAGGUUGGGGAAACAGUGUCGCGAGCGCUGGCACAACCACCUUGACCCACUGGUGAAAAAGAGCUCCUGGACCAAUGAAGAAGACCUCAUUAUCUACAAAGCCCACUCCAUUCUGGGAAACCGGUGGGCUGAGAUCGCCAAGCUGCUUCCUGGAAGGACAGACAAUUCUGUGAAGAAUCACUGGAACGCCACCAUCAAACGUAAAGCUGAGUUGGGCCUGUACAAAGACGACGCUAACAGCAUUUCUCUUGAUAUUCAACAGUUUGUGGAAGGAGAGGUGGACUUCAAAUGUGAUGUUGUAUUAGACACUGAACCAGUAACUCCUGAAGUGGUCAGGACAGUGAAAGAGAAGAAACAGAAGGAGAAAGCCAAGCAGCAGACAGCUGUUCCAUCUCCACAGACUUUGGCAUCAAGGAGAGAGUUUUCCUCUCUGAGUCCGACCUUGCCUCCCAGUUCGAGUUCCAGCCCCAGUUCCAGCUCAGGUGCUCCACGAGCAGCCGCACCAGUAGACCAGAAGAAGUUUGCUGAUGCGGCAUUGAGGAUGAUCGCUGAGGACAUGCUGCCACUCAGUUUUGUUGAAGGAGCAGGCUUCAGGUCUUUCAUGAGCACCAUUAGUCCUGAAUACAACAAGCUGUCCCAGCGUGCCAUGGGCCUGCAGCUCUAUGAUGAUGUGGAGAGAACCAUUAAGCCUCAGCUCAUCCGUGACCUUAAAGCCUGCCUUGCCAGAACCAAAGAUGGUGAGAAUGCCAUUCAUGUCACCUUUGACCUCUGGGCUGGGGAUCAAUCCCAACCAGUGGAGGAGCCCAUCAUCAUUGUGCAGCUCCACUUUGUCAGUGAUUCCUGGCAGAUCCGCCGUCCCAUUGUGGCUUUCCGUCACCUCACCCACAAAAACCUCAGCACUGCUGUAGCCAGAGAGCUUGAAGGUGUGCUUCUGAGCUAUGGCAUAUUUUCACACAGCAUUGGCUAUGUACUUGCCAACCAGGCCAAAGACACCCUGGCUGGGAACAACUUAUUCUGCGACUACAAGAUCAUGUGCUCAUCCAACAGGGGAGAACCAGAUGGAGAUGAGAUAGUGGCAUUUUUGUCAGACCAGUUGUCAGAACCAGGGUCCCCCUUUUCAGAGCUUCAGAUCGGGACCCGAACCAUCUGUGUGGCCAAAACACUGCAGCUGGUGAUCAAGGAGGCACUGAAGAAUUCCAGGGUAGUGGAGAACCUGCUCUCACAGGUCCACAACGUGGUGGCUUUCUUUAGGAGCAGUGCCUACUGGAGUGAGGUAUUGUUGAGGGAGUGCAGCGUGUCUCUGUGCCCUUCUUCCAGUAAUUGCCGCUGGAACUCCAUGAUGCUGUCUUUACGCCGUAUGGUCCAGGAGUCGGCCUGGAGCGCCAUUAUGACGCUUCUUGCCCAGGCUCGCAUAGAGGCUAAUGACACAGCCAGUGCUCCACCUCUGGUCAUGGUCAGGAGGGAACAAGUGAUUGACAUCCUGAGUCUCAUUGAGCCAUUUGAGGAGGCCUUGCAGGUCCUGCAAGGAAAUGGUGUGACCAUCUCUUUUAUCAUACCCUCCCUCAUUGGCCUUGAUAAGACCUUGGAGAGCCGUGUUACCAACUACACUCACUUCAACAAGGCCCUGCGCACAGGCCUCCACACACACUUCCAAUCCCUGAUUCACCAGAAGGACAUGAUACUAGCUGCUGUGCUUGACCCUAGGAUCAAAAUGCAGCCGUUUUCUGAUGCCAAACUGGAGGACCAGACAGGUUUCUUAACUCCUCUGUCAAAGUAUCAGGCUCGUACCAUCGUGGAAGCCACAUUAGAAAGCAUGGAGGCCUCAGCAUCUCCCUAUGUGGAAGCAGAUAAAGACCAGACAAACAAGGAGUUGAAAAAGGGGCAGGAUGGUGAACAGGAAAACCAAUCCAACACACUAAUAGAGGCAUCUGGUGCCAGCUCAGAUGAAAACAACUACGACGGAGUCAGUGGAAACGACCUGAAGCGCAAGUCCAUCUUCAACUUCCUCCAGCCACCUGCAAAGACCAUGAAGAGGUCAGAGCUUGAUGUGUACCUGUCCGAACCACUGUGGGAGAGCAACUCCAGUGUGCUUUACUGGAAGGCUGCUACUCGCUUCCCCGAGCUCCAGGGCAUUGCCAAGAAGCUGCUAGCAGUACCAGCCACCUCAGGGGGCUUCGACCGGCUCUAUCCAAUGGCAGCAUGUAUUGUAAGAGCCAAGAGGAACCGCCUGCCACCUCACACCACAGAGAGAUUGCUUCUAUACAAAAACUCUUUAAAGACAAAGACUGUUAAAAAGCCCAUCGGUGUCACUAAACACUGAUGGUCAACUCACUAUUGGGUCUGGUUAUUCUGUCCUCCACACUUGCUUCUCCAUACAGCAUCCCACUGAAUUAAAUUUCUUCCAACAUUAGAUUAAACUAACUAAAUUAAGCAUCAUUCAACCUUGCAGUAGUAGGCAACAGAAGCAAACUAUAUUAAGUGUAUUGAAAGUGAGGGUGGUGAAUAUCUCUUUAAAAAACAAGCUGAACACAAUAACAACCAGUUACCUACCAUCAGAGGUCAAACUUAUAUUUUUUCAGUUCUGUGAAGACUUUGUGCUGUCACUGCCAUCCCACAGACAGAGGAGGAAAUGAAGACUGAUCAGUGUCCUCAUGUGUAGGAUAUGAAAUGUUCUUGCUCCCACUGAUUGUAUUAAAAAGACACUGUAACAGACAGCAAAGCACAAAUCUACCUUAAUGCCAUAAGAAUAACUUUAUGCAAUAAAAGUGCUACAUAUCAGA